AGAACGAACAGGCUGCCGGAGUCGCGCGAUCGAUCAGUGGCCUUUCGCGACUUUUCUUUCGAGACGCAGUCCCGAUUGGCGUUUGCACGAGGCGUAGACUCGUCUAGAAUUUCUCGGAGUCGCGGCAGCCACUGCCAUCGUACAGUCUCGUCGCGAUUUCUUUCGAUUUAGCCGCGUAACGAUAAAUAUUCCGAAACCAACAGAGGGGACUUAGCGGACGGUCGAAGGUUGCAACGGUAUAUUCGUGCGUGCACACAUAUAAGCGUGAACGUUCAACAUUGUUAAAAUAUUACGAAUCGUCGAGAGUUGAUCGCUAGAAACGAGUUUAUCCUAAUACACAUUGUUUAGCUUACUGUGAAAAUGGUUAAGGAGACUACAUUUUAUGAUGUGUUGGGUGUGAAACCUGGAUGCACGCAAGAAGAUUUAAAGAAGGCCUAUAGAAAACUUGCUUUGAAAUAUCAUCCUGAUAAAAAUCCUAAUGAGGGCGAAAAGUUUAAGCAAAUUUCGCAAGCAUAUGAGGUAUUGUCAAACCCUGAGAAGAAGCGUAUCUAUGAUCAAGGUGGAGAGCAAGCUUUGAAAGAAGGUGGUAUGGGCAAUAGUGGCUUCUCAUCUCCUAUGGAUAUCUUUGACAUGUUCUUUGGUGGAGGAUUUGGUGGACGAGGUAGGGGAAGAGGUAGAGAGCGCAAAGGUCAAGAUGUUAUGCAUCAAUUAUCAGUUUCCUUAGAGGAACUUUAUAAGGGAACUGUACGUAAACUUGCUCUGCAAAAAAAUGUUAUUUGCGAGAAAUGUGAAGGUAUUGGAGGAAAGAAGGGUUCUGUUGAGCAAUGUACGACGUGUCACGGCUCUGGCCUGCAAGUACAAAUCCAGCAAUUAGGUCCAGGAAUGUUGCAACACUUACAAACUAUGUGUUCGGACUGUAAAGGUCAGGGUGAACGUAUCAAUCCUCGUGAUCGUUGCAAGCAUUGCAAUGGAAGAAAGACUAUUAGAGAUAGAAAAAUCCUCGAGGUCCAUGUUGAUCCAGGCAUGGUAGAUGGCCAAAAAAUUGUUUUCACUGGCGAAGGUGAUCAAGAACCAGACUUAGAACCUGGUGACAUAGUUAUUCUUCUUGAAGAAAAGGAACACGAAGUAUUCAAGCGUUCAAGAAAUGAUUUGAUCAUGCGGAUGCAAUUAGAAUUAGUAGAAGCAUUAUGUGGAUUCCAGAAAGUUAUCCGUACUUUGGAUGGCAGAGAUUUAGUGAUAACAUCUUAUCCUGGUACUGUAACAAAACACGGAGACUUGAAAUGCAUUUUGAACGAGGGCAUGCCGAUUUACAAGGAUCCAUUUACACACGGUAGGCUCAUAAUACAAUUCAUAGUCAAUUUCCCGAAGAGCAUAGAACCGUCGGUUAUCCCGACACUGGAGCAAUGUCUGCCACCGAGAGAAGAAGUUAUAAUUCCGGACAACGCUGAAGAGUGCUUGCUCACCGACUUAGAUCCUGAACAGGAGCAAAGGCGGAGAGACACGAGACAGGUGUACGAGGAAGACGAAGGGGGUCCAUCGCGAGUCCAAUGUGCCACACAUUAAUUUGAUUACAUUAACGCUGUAAUAAACAUAGCCAUUUCUUUCAUUUCGAACUUUCUGUCCCAUUCGCUCGAUUUCGCGUAUCACGUUAAAGAAAGAAAUAACAUAGAGUUGGAUAUAUAGAAAAUACACAAAAAUGAAUUUGAAACAAUUCAUAUCUGGAUAUGCGCAGAACUGUGAAUAUACCACAGUUGUUGAUUCUUCAAUGAGAUCCUUACGCGAUAAUUAGGCGUUGCGACUGAAUAGAUGGAUUAUCACCUGGUAAUGAGAGAAAUCUCUAUUAUUAUGCUCGAAGUAGAUUGAAAGUACAUUUUAAAUUCUGGCGAAACAUCUCAGUGAGAUCUAUCAGUUUCGCUUAAGUAGAGGAUCAUUAAAAAUAUGUACUUAUCAUUACACAGUGAUAAGGAAAUUUAUUUAGUAAUUUAACAUAACGUUUUAUGAUGUCAAUCCUGAAUUACGAGCUAUAAUUACAUGUAUCUUCAAGCAUCAUUAUUAUUCUUCACUAUUUGACCAGUUAUAUCGCUCCAAUAAUCAGCAGUUCAGCAGUAAUUGCUACAUAUAAAACUAGAGUUAAAGUUCAUAUACAUAUGUUUAGUUCAAAUUCGUGAAUUAUCCGUGUAUACUAUUAUUUCUGGUCCUCCAAAUAUUAAUAGUAGCAUUUGAUUACUCCACAAGUUUUGAACGGUUUAAAAAUUUUUAUUUUUUACAGUUUUUUCUAGGACUUAUAAAAGUAAUAUUGAAAUGUGUCAAUCGAUGUGCAAACGACAAAGUUUUAAAUAUCUAGGUAAAGUGCGGGAUAAUAUAACAUCGAUCAGUGGUCUUCGAGAAAUGAAACAUUAUUCCAUAUUCAUAGUAUAUUUAAUUUUUUCCUCAAUCGCUUUUGUAUACUGGCGUGUGACGAUAAUAACGGAAAUAUAUAAUUUUGUUUGCGAAUAAUGCAAAUAAAAUGGAGAAUCAGGUUCCUGUGUGUGUGUGUGUGUGGACGAUUGCGCGCAUUUUUUAAGCAGCACUGUGCAAUUAUACGCUAUUGGAUCUAAUAAUUCAUUUCUUUACAUUAGCCCAUUCUAAGAUUUUAUUGUAUAUCCUUAUAAUAAAAUCGAUGAUUGUAAAAUUAGGAAUUUUGAAAAUUCAAGUAUGAUCUUUUAUAUAAGCUAUAUUCAUUUCUACAAAAAUUUAUUCCGUUAUUUUUACUAUAAUUCCAUCAACGCGCAUGAACAAAUGUUCUAGACUCUAGACAAUUUUGAAACCCUGUUGUACUAUAUCAUAAAUUAAUAUUCUUUUGAAACACAUACCCCCCCCACAUUCACAUAAUUUACUGUAUACAUGGUCGUGUACUCGCAAUUACUAUAGUGAAUUUUACUAAAUAGCCACAUAUGUCUCUCGUAAUCUUAUUUAUUAUAGGAAAAAUUGGUGAUCGAUUAGUACUUUUUUUGAACAUCUUAAAUAAAUUCGAAACUGUGAAAUGU